AUGGGGCAGGUUCACAUUGGAUUCUUAAGUGCAUAUGAUUCUGUUAGGAAAACGGGGCAUGGUACUUAUAAAAAGCGACAGUGGAUAUAUUUCACUUUUUAUUUGAAAGCAACACUGAACACCCAGCACUCCGCGCGGCCAGGGAGUCCACAUCGCACCGUCCUGCAGUCCACUUUGCGACGCCAGACAGUCUACCGCGCGCUGCCGGGGAGUUCACCUCCGUGUUGGGAAGGAGGUCUAAACUUGCUGAGAACAUCACGUUGCACAGAUGCAGAUGGAAUGAUGGAUCGUCAAGCUCGAUCACGAGCAGAACACGGAGUAGCAUUUCGCUCAGGUGUAGACUUUGUGAUGGAAACGUGGGUAUACUCACUUGGCCACCAGGUGCAUGUAUGUUACUAUUGCCAGAUUGAUUCCCAGGUGAUACAAUGUAGAGUCGACAGAGGUCGGUUGAUCAGGUCAAUGCAGGGAGGGAGGCAUGAUCCGUCCAGGUCAACAAGACAAGAAAUUAUGUGCAUAUGCAAGGCGUAGGCACAUGCAUCAUUGUUUGAUCAUAUAUGCAAGUGGAUAUUGAAUGAGUAUUGUAUCUUCUAGA